AUGUUUGAGAAGACGCAUCAAAGCUAUGGAGUCAAUGAGGUUCUGCUAGCUUCUGUCCUUGGCUCUGUAGUGUUCUCUAUCGCUGCAGCACAGCCGUUGGUCAUAGUGGGCGUGACCGGACCUAUUACUGUAUUCAAUUAUACGGUAUACGAUAUCAUGGCCCCUCAAGGAACGAACUAUCUGGCUUUCAUGUUUUGGAUCGGGCUCUGGUCACUAAUAUUCCACUGGAUUCUCGCUAUUACAAACGCUUGCAACGGCCUGACAUAUGUGACACGCUUCUCAUGCGACAUCUUCGGCUUUUACGUUGCCUUCAUCUACCUCCAAAAAGGGAUACAAGUCCUCACUCGCCAAUGGGGCAUGGCAGGUGAAACAUCUGCCUAUCUCAGUAUCAUGGUAGCUCUACUCGUCUUGAUGUUCGGUUAUGUCUGCGGUGUGCUCGGUGAAAGUACUCUCUUUCAACGAUAUGUGCGCAAAUUCAUUGAGGAUUACGGCACGCCCUUAACAAUUAUCUUUUUCACGGGUUUCGUGCACAUCGGCCAUAUGAGAGAUGUCUCAGUUGAGACAUUACCAACGUCCAAGGCGUUUUUCCCAACGGCGGAUCGUAGUUGGCUUGUCAGUCUGUGGGAUAUAAGUGUUGGCGAAGUUUUUUUGGCGAUUCCAUUUGCCAUUCUAUUAACCAUCUUGUUUUACUUUGAUCACAACGUGUCGUCUCUCAUCGCACAAGGCACAGAGUUCCCUCUUCGCAAACCUGCUGGCUUCCAUUGGGAUCUUUUCCUUUUGGGGUUGACCACUGGUGUCGCCGGACUUCUCGGAAUCCCUUUCCCUAACGGUCUUAUUCCACAAGCUCCCUUCCAUACCCAAGCACUCUGCGUGACACAACAAGUCUCGGACGACGACGAGACGAACAAAGGCCGCCCUAUCCUCAUCACAGAUCACGUCGUAGAGCAGCGAGUCAGCAAUCUAGCACAAGGACUUCUUACCCUCGGCACAAUGACUGGUCCUCUUCUCGUUGUCUUACACCUUAUCCCACAAGGUGUCCUUGCAGGACUCUUCUUUAUCAUGGGCGUGCAAGCCUUACAAGGCAACGGCAUUACCCAGAAGCUCGUCUUCCUUGCCCAGGACCAUACAUUCACUCCUGGCUCCAACCCCUUGAAACGCCUCGAACGCCGAAGCGCCAUUUGGGCCUUUGUAGGUUUGGAACUUGUCGGAUUCGGUGCGACAUUUGCAAUUACUCAGACUAUUGCGGCGAUUGGGUUUCCAGUUAUUAUCUUGUUCCUGAUACCCGUGCGAUCGUUCUUGUUACCAUUGUGGUUCAGGCCUGAGGAACUUGCAACGUUGGAUGCCCCGACUGCAAGUCCAUUCACCAUGGAAUCUGUGGGUGGGACUUAUGGACACGUUGAAUCUGACGAGAAUCCGGCUCAGGCAAGUGGGGGGAGAGUUGCAUCCAGUGUCGUCAAGGCCGAGUGCAAGGAAGAGGAGUACAACUAG